AUGUCCAGUAACCCUAUUAUUAUGGUUAUGGUGGUGCUUUGCAUCGGGACCGCUGUGAACUGUAUGCCGAACGGGAAUGGGAGAAGCAGGCGGCAGGCUAAUCAGGGAGAAGACCAAAUACCUUCGGUAUCAUCGGUCUCUCAAGGUGAGUUACCUUUUGGCUACAUAUUGCAGAUGGUUGUUAUUAAAACUGUAUUUGAUUGUUUCUAAAAAAACGUUUGUAUAAGCCUAUAGAAUAUCACAAAUGUUUGUUAUAUUGUAGCGACCUUAAACCAAUACCCAGCGAGUUCGUUAAAAGUUUUGGACUUCUUGGCGUAAAGGUUAAGGCGUUGGCAUGACAAUCGCUGGACCUGGGUUUGAAUCCCGGUCGGGGCAACCACCUGAAUUCGUUACACUUCUGUCAGAAGUGGGAUGGUGGCUGUGAGCCGUCGGAGAGGCGUGUCAACGUGAGGGACUUGGUAUAGAGAAGCGUGGGGACACGCUGUCCUGAAGAAAGGGGGUAAUGUAGCUACUUUAAGCCAACGUCUAGCGACCUAGUCAAGAGGUUCGGACCUCUUGGCUUAACAGUUAAGGCGUUGGCUUGAUAGUCGCUGGACCCGGGUUCGAGUCCUGUCGGGGCUAAUUGUGUCAAUUCCCAAAAAUGAGGCUACUUUAAAGUGAAACAAAUUGUUACCCUGCUACUUUCCUUCCCUAGACGGCUGCAUUGAGAAUGGCCAGAUGUAUAACAUUAACGACCAAUGGGAGCGAUCAUAUCUGGGCACUAUGUUGAUCUGCACUUGUCACGGAGUUGCCGGAAUUAAGUGUAAAACGAAACCUGAAGGUGAGCUUGUAUUUCUAUAUCUGUAAUGUAUGUAGCCUAUCCUAUCCUUCAUGGUCAAUGCAAGUCCUUUGUCUCUCACCGUUAAAAAACAAACAAAAAAAAUGCCGGUUAUGUAACAAUAUUAGUGAUGGCAAUGAAUGAAUUAAGUUCAAAUAUGUACUGAUCUUCAUCAUCUGCCUUUCGUUCUUCCUAGCAAACACACAACAUAGAUAAUAUUCAUGUGUGUUCCUCUGCUUCUCUCUCCCGUGUGCAACGGGUUUCAUUGUCUUUACGAAAACAAACAAAUAACAUACCCCCUCAAAAAUCUGUUCCACAGCUGAGGAGACCUGCUAUGAUAAGAUCAACGCCAGGUCUUAUCUGGUUGGUGAGACGUAUGAGCGACCCAAAGAGGGCAUGAUCUGGGACUGUACAUGCAUUGGCUCUGGCCGGGGGAAAAUCAGCUGCACCAUUGCCAGUGAGUGGGCUUGUUACAUUUUUACAUUGUACAUGUUAGUCAUUUCAGCAGACGCUCUUAUCCAGAGCCACCUACAGUUAGUGCAUUCAUCUUUAAGGAAUACCUGGAAUAGUAUAAAAAUAAAAAAAGUGGUUGUCCCACUGGCUAUCAUAAGUUGAAUGCACCAAUUUGUAAGUCGCUCUGGAUAAGAGCAUCUGCUAAAUGAUGUAAAUGUGAGAUAGCUAGGUGGGACAACCACAUAUCACAGGCAUAGAAAGUACAAUUUUUCCUCAAUGUAGCUGUCAGUAGAGUCAGAGUUAGAAGGGGGGGGGGGGGGUUCAAGUGCAAGUGUUAUUUUUAUUUAUUUAAUUUUUGGGGGGUCGAGGUGAAGAGGAGGAUUAUUUAAGAUACUGUUUGAAGAGGUAGGGUUUCAGAUAGUGUUUCGAUAGUGUGUGUGUGUGUGUGAUUGGGCUCAGUAAUCCAGUUAAAUCUCCGUAUCACAUAAAUCCCUCUUAGGAUGUGGUUCAGUCACUGCAGCUGUCUGUGGUGGCUGGCUGGUCACUGACUGGGUGGUUGGUUGGUUUGUGUGUGUGGUGGCUGGCUGGGUCGCUGGGUGGGUGUCUGUGUGUGUGGUGGCUGGCUGGGUCGCUGGGUGGUUGUCUGUGUGUGGUGGCUGGCUGGGUCGCUGGGUGGUUGUCUGUGUGUGGUGGCUGGCUGGGUCGCUGGGUGGUUGUCUGUGGUGUGGUAUGGGGCAGGCUGGGUCCCGCUGGGGUGGUUGUUCUGUGUGUGUGUGGCAGGCUCGUUGGGCGCUGGGGUGGGUGUUGUGUGUUGUGGGCUGGCUGGGUCGCUGGGUGGGUUGUCUGUGUGUUGGUCCGGGGGUCGCUGGUGGUGUCUGUGGUGUUGUUGGAUGGGCAGGCUGGGGUCGCGGGGUGGGUGUCUGUGUGUGUGGUGGCAGGCUGGGUCGCUGGGUGGUUGUCUGUCGUGUGGGUGGCUGGCUGGUUCGCUGGGUUGGUUUUCUUGUGUGUGGUCUGUCUGUGUGUGGUGCUGGCUGGGAUGGGGGGUCGCUGGGGUGGUUGUCUGUGUGGUGGUGGCUGGCUGGGUCGCGGGGUGGUUGUCUUGUGUGUGUGGUGGCAGGCUGGGUCGCUGGGUGGUUGUCUGUGUGUGUGGUGGCAGGCUGGGUCGCUGGGUGUGUGUGUGUGUGUGUCCCCUGUAUCUCAGUUGGUAGAGCAUGGCGCUUGCAACGCCAGGGUUGUGGGUUCGUUUCCCACGGGGGUCAGUAUGAAAAAUGUAUGCACUCACUAACUGUAGUCGCUCUGGAUAAGAGCGUCUGCUAAAUUACUAAAAUGUAAAUAUACAGUGUGUGUUUAACUGUGUUUCUGAUUCUAUCCCAGACCGCUGCCAUGAGGGGGGUCAGUCCUAUAAGAUUGGGGACACGUGGAGGAGACCCCAUGACACUGAGAGCUACAUGCUGGAGUGUGUUUGUCUGGGCAACGGCAAGGGAGAGUGGACCUGCAAACCUGUUGGUGAGCAUUGGGCCAGUAUGGGGAAAAAAGAAAUGUAUGCACUCACUAACUGUAAGUCGCUCUGGAUAAGAGCGUCUGCUAAAUGACUAAAAUGUAAAAUGAAUGGGAAUGACUUAACCAACCUCUGGAAGUUAGCUGUCUAAACAAAUAGGAAGUUAGCUGUCUAAACAAACACCGACCUCUGGAAGUUAGCUGUCUAAACAAACAGGAAGUUAGCUGUCUAAACAAACACCGACCUCUGGAAGUUAGCUGUCUAAACAAACACCGACCUCUGGAAGUUAACUGUCUAAACACGUCACGGUCAUAUUCAUUACUGCAAAUUGUAGCAACAUUUUUUGUUAUUAUUGGAAAACGUCUCAUUGGUCAAGUUCUCUUCAGGUAGUCCGUUCCCGUUUCAGCCCAUUUGCUUCCGUUUUUGUGAAUACGAUCCUGGAAGUUGACGUUAGCUGUCAAAACAUUACAUCAUAAAAUAUAUCUUAACUCCUCCCACUUCUUGUGUCCGCAGCGGAGCGUUGCUAUGACAACACGGCAGGGACGUCCUACGUGGUGGGUGAAACCUGGGAGAAGCCAUACCAGGGUUGGAUGAUCGUAGACUGCACCUGUCUAGGAGAGGGGAGUGGAAGGAUCACCUGUACAUCUAGAAGUAAGACACCAACACACAGGAGCAAACACACACAAGGACGCACGCACACACACACCUGUAAGACCCCACAGCCGUACCAAGCCGCCAAGCUCCAUCACUCAUCAUUCAUCAUCACCUCCGACUCACCAACAGGCCCGACCACAAAUUCCUUCCCACACACACACACACACACACACACACACACACACACCUCUACAGACCAUGGCAGCUUCAACCCGAUGUGUGUGUGUGUGUGUGUGUGUGGGAACAGCUCAGUUCCACAAGCUUAAUUAAGGGAAAAACUUUAGCUUAACUUGGUGAAGAGGAAUGUAAAUUGUCUGUGGUGGAAAUGUAAAUUGUCCCAGUUCCAUGUUUAAGUGAUUUUACAUGUCCUUAAUGAAAACCCAAUGCAAUUCCAUAACAUUAUGAAACGUGUUAGCUAUUAUGUUGAUUGGCUGACACAGCAUUUCAACCCUGUGUAUAUCAGACAAUAUACCACGGGUAUGAUGCAAAAAUACAUACUGUUCAUUUUAUGUUGGUAUCCAGUUUAAAAUAGCAAUAAGGUAGCUCAGGGGUUUGUGGUAUAUGGCCAAUAUUCAACUGGUUGUUACCACAACCCCUUGGGCCUUAUCGCUUAAUUAUACUACUGCUUGCCUGUUAAAGUGAAACUGAACUGGGUUGUAUUCAUUAGGGCAAAAUGUAGCAAACACUUUGCAACAUAACUAAAAUCAGCUUCUUAUUGGACAAUUCCAGGCAGUCCCUUCCUGUUUCAGUCUGUUUUGUUCCGUUUGGUGCCUACUGAACAUGACCCUGGUUAAAGUGGUACUGAAUUAUUUCCCUCUAUCAGACCGGUGUAACGACCAGGACACGCUGACGUCCCAUAGGAUCGGAGACACCUGGAGCAAGACGGACGCCCGAGGUCACAUGCUGCAGUGUCUGUGUACGGGGAACGGGCGCGGGGAGUGGAAGUGUGAGAGACACGCGUCCCUCCACACCACCGGCCUGGGUGAGACUCCUUAAUGAGUGGAGAGUGGAAGUGUGAGAGACCGUGGUGAGACCAUCUCUGCUUCAGCUCAUCCUUCCCCCCCCAGACAGUGUUCAUUCUAAUUACAAGUCUGCCAAUAUUAAACACGUUAAUAAGGGAUUUCCAAGGCUGGUUUCCUUGGACACAGAGCCUAAACAUAAAAGCAUGUUCAAUUGAUAUUCUGUGACUGGGAAAACUGCCCUUAAACUUUUCACAGCAAAUUUUGCAAACGAAAUCUAGUUUCUAAUCAUUUACACACAUUUUCACAGAAGGCUUUUUUUUUUCUCUUUCACACAUGUGGCGCUACAGGUACCGGGUCCCGUGUGAUCACCAACAUCCAGCCGGCUGUGUACCAGCCCCAGCCCAGCCUGGAGCCUCGUCCCGGCCUAGCCCUGGAGGGGGCCUGCCAGACGGACGCCGGGGUGGCCUACGUCCUGGGGAUGAGAUGGAUCAAGACCCAGGGCAGCAAACAGAUGCUGUGUACCUGCCUGGGAAACGGGGUCAGCUGUGAGGAGUGGGGUACGUGCUGAUUUUAUAUUCACAUAUAGUUAUUGUCCAGCUAUUGUUUGCGAUGUGUCUCUGACGCAGUAAAUACAUUUUAUUUAUAAACUGUUUGCUUAUACAAGAACUCAAGUUUGACAUUUUUAUUUACAAUAAUAAAUACAUUGGAAAUCUUACUCACCAGAGCUCCCACAAUGAAAACGGUGUUUUAAAAAGUAGAAUCGGCAAUUUGCCAUCAUUCAGAAAUCUUUCUAUCUGGUUUCUUGUGUUUUGUGUUCAGAGGGCCCAGCCCCAGUGUACGGGGGGAACUCCAACGGUCAGCCCUGUGUGUUCCCCUUCACCUACAUGGGGAAGACCUACCACUCCUGUACCUCAGAGGGACGCCCUGA